AUGGGUGAUCAUCAUGGCCUGCCAGAUAACAUUUCAAAAACCAUGUCCAACGAUGAUCUAGACAAGCCACAAGCUGUGACUGUCGAGUUACAGCGAGAUGCCCCGGCCUACAUCAAGUCUCUCAGCCCUGAGGACCGGGCGGCCAGAGAGAAGGCUCUCGUCCGCAAGAUCGACCUUCGUCUCAUCCCCACCAUCGUCGUCAUCUACAUCCUGAACUACCUGGACCGAAACAACAUCGCCGCCGCCCGUCUCGCGGGCCUCGAAGAUGACCUCAAGCUCCACGGCACGCAGUACCAGACCGCGGUGUCGAUCUUGUUCGUGGGUUAUCUCCUGAUGCAGGUCCCGUCCAAUCUAUUCAUGAACAAGUUUGGAAAACCGUCCAUCUAUCUGUCCACGGCGAUGGUCAUCUGGGGUGCGAUAUCGAUGGCCACGGCCGGCGUACAGAACUUUGGGGGUCUCAUCGCGGUUCGAUUCUUCCUCGGUUUCGUCGAGGCCGUCUACUUCCCCGGCUGCGUCUUCUUUCUCAGCUCUUGGUACACUCGUAAAGAGUUGGGAUUCCGGACCGCCAUGCUCUACUCCGGAUCUCUCCUGUCCGGUGCGUUCUCCGGCUUGAUCGCCGCCGGCAUCACGGACGGAAUGGAUGGUCUGCACGGCUUGAGAGCUUGGAGAUGGCUCUUCAUCGUCGAGGGAGGCGUCACCAUCGGCGUCGCCCUAGGUGCAUAUUUUAUCCUACCCGACUUCCCCAGUACGACGGCUUGGUUGAGCGAUGACGAAAAAACUUUGGCCAUCUGGAGACUCCAAGAAGAUAUUGGAGAAGAGGACCGUACCGAGGAUGGACAGGACUCCUUGCUCUACGGAGCCAAGUUGGCAUUCCAAGACAUCAAGAUGUGGAUUCUGAUGGUGAUCCUUUUCUGCAUCGUCUUUUCCGGAUCCGUGACGAACUUUUUUCCGACAGUCGUUGAGACCCUCGGGUACUCCAAGAUCAACUCUCUGCUUCUCACCUGUCCACCCUACGUUUUGGGGGUCAUCACCGCUUUCGUCAACGCCUGGCACGCCGACCGGACUGGGGAACGGUACUUCCACGUCACCACGCCGCUCUACUUUGCCAUCCUGGCCUUCAUCCUGGCGGCCGCCACCACCGCCACGGCCCCGAGAUACGUCGCCAUGAUGUUGAUGAUCCCGGGAGUCUACACGGGCUACGUCGUCUGUCUGGGUUGGAUCUCCAACACGCUCCCUCGACCGGCACCGAAACGUGCCGCGGCCAUCGCGGCGAUCAACGCCGUUUCCAACACCAGCAGCAUCUUUGCGAGUUACAUGUUCCCGGCAUCGGCGGCUCCACGCUACGUCGUGGCCAUGUCCAUAUGCUGCGCCAUGGCCGGGACCGCCAUCAUCUUUGCCACCAUCCUCCGCUUCAUCUUGGUUAGGCUGAACCAGAAGCUCGACCGAGGUGAGUUUGUCGAAGGGGCCAUCAACGCGUCCUCUGCAUCCACAGGAGGCGGCGGCGAAAGGAGAACGAGUGUACUCGCAAGCGGCGGCGCCGUCCCAACUGAGGCGGCCACCAAGGGUUUCAGAUUCCUGGUAUAG